AUGACAGGGAUCCAAAAAUCAUCUACUCAGUGGUACCAGCUCCCUCCUAUUAGACCCCUGAGGGAGUCACUUGCAGCAGAUUCAGAGAACACACUGAAUGCUGCUACUAGUAGCACCCCCCAGUCCAUUACUAGUACCCUUCAAUCCUCUGCAUCAACUGUUGCUGUGGCCCAUACAGGUCGCUGGCAAGGCGAAGGGUGCUUGGGUACCACCAUAGUGCCUGUGAUUGACAAAGUGUGCAUGAAAAUUGUCGUAAAGGAUGUGAAGGAGUCCAUUAUCACUGAAACACUGAAUACAUGCAGGCUCCAUGACUCCUCCAGUCACUUAAGUGUAGUAACUACUGCACUUAGUGAUGCAUGCUCAUCCAUCAUCGUUCAAGAUCACUUAAUUAAACUAUGGGUCGGCAAAAACAUAUCUGCGCUCUACAAGAACAUCAUCACGCUGAUGUCAACGAUACUAAACCGCUUCAAGGAGUGCACACAAGACCUUGUUGAGAAUCUUUACGAGCUUCAAUUGACGAUCUGGACUUACCCAUUAGUCCAGGUCAAUCAUAACAAGUCAACCGUUGAUUUCCUUACUGGAAACAAUAGCAUUAACUACAUUUUUGGUGGUCUACUUGAGGAUGGUCGAGAGGUCCAUUACCCAUCCGAGCACAAAGCGGUUAUUCAGAUCACAAGCCGUGCAUGCUUUUGUGAUGGUUACAAUAAGUUCAUUCACUUGGACAUGAGCCUCAACAAUAUCAUGGCAAUGUCUGCAACAGCUGCAUGUUGCAGUUUGCUGGAGUUUGCAACUGGUAUAUUCAAACAAAUCAAUUUCACUUACGCCAGUUUUCACACUAUGUAUAUGAAACUCAUGAAAUUCAUCCACGAGAACAUUAGGAGCUGUCCAACGAUGUUAGCUAGGUGGAACACAUUAUUUCAACUUCUUCACACGGGAGCUCGUUGA